AUGAUGAGCAUGGAACACGACGUCCUACUCCAUACCACUCAAUUAACUUUGAAGCGAUAUUUAUUUCGCCCCAUCUUCAUGAACUUUCCUGUCCUAGACCGACUUGCAUCGGUAAUACCGUCUAGAGCCAAGGCUCGAAGACUGAUACGGCAGUUUUCGGAGCUGCUUCAAGCCGAAGUUAUUCCUAGUUCAGGCAAAAAGUUGCAGAACGGUGAGAAUGCAAAUUGCCUCGGAGACCGACUCAGAUCCGCAUGGCGCGAUGGUACCUUGAAUACGAAGCAGCUUCGGGAUAACCUAAACGUUCUCUAUGUGGCUGGCCAAGAGAAUCCACAGCUGCUUAUGGUCUCUUCGCUUUAUCUCCUAGGAAAGCAUUCGGAAAUACAAGAAUAUCUCCGAGAGAAAAUCAAGGAUCUCAGUAUAAGCAACCUGGACGACUUGGAUUGGCGAUCCUUGCCAUAUCUAACUGCAACUAUAUUGGAAUGUCUUCGGUUAUUACCGCCCAUCUCGCAGCUCGUCAAUCGAUAUGUGGCAGAGCCUGCAUGUCUCGGAGGUCGCAUCCACAUUCCCAGAGGCACAUACAUUGGUUACAAUAGCUAUGCCACUAACCGGGAUCCAGUUGCAUGGGGCCCAGAUGCGAAUGAUUUCCGACCUGAGCGAUGGGGUUCCACAGACGAGCAGAUUUCCAGGAAAUACCGGAGUGCCAAGGCGCGGGCCAAAUUCAUUUCCUUCCAUGGCGGGUCCCGCACAUGUCUUGGAGAGAAAUUUGCUCUCUUGCAAAUGAGGAUUUCCCUAUUUGUUCUCGCUCGGACAUUCCGAUGGGAGCUUGAUCCUGAAUGGAAAGACCAAAUGACCCCUGCCGGUCCCUUGCACCCACGAGGUGUACGUCUUGUUUUUAAAAAGCUUUAA